AAUAUGGAAAACACAAAAUGGGACCAGAAAAGCCCUCCGAAAAAAACAGCAGCUGACACCAAUCAGUAAUUAGAAAACUGCAGUUUUUUUAAUUUCUAAUUAGUAUCAUUUUAAAACUAGUAGUAGUCUACAAAAAUGUGUUUCAGAAUAAACAUUUUACAAAAGAAAUCAUUUCUUUAAUAAAGUUUAGGAAUUUUUUUUUGUAUUUUUGAUGAUGAAUGACUUAAAUUCAGAUUAAAAAUCACUUUCAACAACAACAAAUCCUUAGAGAUGCCAGGAAUUAUUCAUUCAUGUUUUUUUUUUUUUUUUCAUCUAAAGAAUCAUACCUGAACACUACAAGCAACAAAAAAAAACAACAUUUUUUGGGGAACUGCAAAGCCUGCGAGCUUCGCUUUCCUGUUUGCAUCACCAUGGGGAUCAAAGCGGCUCUUCCCAAGUAUGAGAUCUACAGCUACUAUGUCAUGCUGUGCCUCGCCGUGUUCUGGGCGACCAGCUGGAUCUUUGAAGUGUCCAACUCCAACAUCAACAGGAAGGCCUUCAAAACCAGUGUCAAACCGAGUUAUUUUGGAAGGAAAAUGGAUACAUCCGAUUUUGAGUGGAUGAUGUGGUUCUCUACCUUCAGGGCUCACAUCCUGUUUGCUCUCUCUGGUCAUGUGCUGUUUGCCAAGAUCUGCUCCAUGCUGGCUCCACAGUACAGGUCCUUGGUGUACAUGGUUUACGGUGUCCUGGCUGUGUGGACCAGCAUGGGCUGGACCUACGUCACCCUCAUCUUGUCCCACUGCAUCCUGCUGUACAGCAUCUCCUUGGUGAAGAUCCGCUGGCUCUGCUUUGUCACGGGUCUUUGCACGCUAGCAACGUUCAAGUGUGAACCCUUUUUGUCCUGGGAGGCCGGUUUUGUUCAGGGAGACUUUGAGCUCCGCCACGUCCUCUUCUACGGAGGCUGUGGGUUUACGAUCAUGCGAUGCAUGAGCUUUGCUCUGGAAAACUGUGAAAAAAAAGAUGGAAAUUACAACAUCCUUGAGCUACUCAAGUACAACUUCUACCUCCCUUUCUUCUAUUUUGGGCCUAUCAUGACCUUUGACAAAUUUUAUGUUCAGGUCAACAGGUCCGACCUGACGAGAAAAGAUGGGGAAUUAUGGAACAUCAGUCUGCACGGACUCAUACACUUGGGUGUGGUCAUUGUAGUGGACGUCCUCUUCCACUUCAUGUACAUCCUGACCAUACCUACUGACAUGAAACUGCUGAAGCACCUCUCUGACUGGGCUCUAGUCGGUCUGGCUUACUUCAAUCUGGUGUACGAUUGGGUCAAAGCAGCUGUGAUGUUUGGAGUCAUCACCACGGUGGCCAAACUGGAUCACAUGGACCCACCCAAACCACCAAAGUGCAUCACCAUGCUCUAUAUGUUUGCUGAAACACAUUUUGACCGAGGAAUUCAUGAAUGGCUUUGCAAGUAUGUUUAUGAUUACUUAGGAGGAAAGCAUGAGAAUGUUCUGGAAGAGCUGGUGGCUACACUUUGCACCUACGGAAUCACCAUUCUGUGGCUGGGUCCCUGCGAGGUGGUGCUCUUCUGGGCUUUCUUCAACUGUUUUGGUCUGAACUUUGAGUUGUGGACCACCAAGUUCUUCUCCAUGGAGCCCUUUGUCUCCUUGGAGAUGGCGAUGUCGGAAGCGACGUCUCGCCGCAUCAGAGCCGUCUUCAACACGUUUAACUUCUGGUGCAUCGUGCUGUACAACACCGUGGCCUUGAACAGUUUGGACUUUUCCAAGCUGGUUGCUAAGCGUCUGCUUCUUAAAGGUUUCCCUAUAACUACAAUUCUUGUGAUGUUUGUGACCUACUGCCUGGUUCAAGUAAUCAAAGAGCGAGAGAGAAAACAAGCCCUGAUCGAUGACCCGGACCCACUUCCUCCUGCGCCCCCUCUGAACGCUGCUGCAGCUCCUCCUGCCUCUGCAACCACAACUCCUGCUGCUCAGCCAGCGGCAGAACCCAACAAAGAAAAAGCCGAGUAGAGAGCCAGCGUGACUGGUUCCAACUGUUGGCUAUUUUAACAGGAAUUUUACUGGAGAGAUGAAAUCAAAAGUUGUAAAUGAAGAAAUCACCAUUUGUGGUCAAAUUCCAGUUUGUAACCUUCUGAAAAAUGUGUUCUAUUAUGUCAUUCGGAGUAAAUUAUUUGCAACUAUACAACUAAAUAAUAAUUUCUCAAAAGUAUUUAUUUGUGUUAGAACUGAUGUUUUAUUUUAAUGAAGAGAAUGACUGCUGCCAUGCACAAUAAAGAAAGCUUUUAAUGACA